AUGUUGAACCAAGUAACUCGUCUAGCUACAAGAAGAGCCUUCUCUCAAACUGCUCGUGCAAAUGGCCAUUUCGCUGAAGGUGUUUACAGUAAUAUUCCUUUCAAAGUCCAUAACAGAAAGAUCCCAUACGGUGUCAUCCAUUUUGGUUUCUUUACUGUUGGUUUUUCUGUCCCAUUCCUAAUCACAUGGGCUCAUCUAAAGAGAUCUGGGUUCUAA